AUGAGUAAAAACUAAGCAAGAAGAAAUCUAGCUAAUAUUAAAACUCAAAAUCGGUAUCAAUCUAAGGAAAAGACUAAUCUAGACAGCGAAAUCAAACUGGAAUAGAACUAACAUAGUCUGAUUCAUCAUCAAUCAUUUACUCGAGACAAUAUAAAUUUGAAGUCCUUUGAAAAAAGUCCAAAUAACCGUAAUGUAUUCAGUCAGGGUGGAGUUGGACCAAGUCACUAGCAUGGUAGUGACUUAAAUUUCUCUUCUCCCUUCCAAGGCACGCCAUCCAAGGGAGGUCUUAACAGAAUAGGAGUAGCGUUGAAUAACAGACUCAGUAGUGUGAAUAACAUAUCAGAUUAGCAGAGAUAAAUCUCAACCGCUAUCACCUCCUCCAACCUUAAUCAUUUUAGAGCAUAGAGAACGAAUUCUAAUUUUAUUCAAGAGUCAUUGCUUAACUCUAUAACAUCAUAGCAAUUCUCCCCUAAGGACUUAGUAAAAAACAGUAACUAAAGCUUCCUCACUAAAAGGAAGGAGUAUGAUAAUAAAGAUUUGAAGUAUUUGUUUUCAGACCAGAAGAAGCCAACAUAUAUGAUAUUGGACAAGGAUGAAAAUGAAAUCAAUAAAAUGGAAUCGAUUAACUUGUUUGAUGAUAUGAAGGAGCACAUAAUAGAGAAAAAACAAAGAAUAAUUCAACACUCUUUGGAAUUAGAGCUCAGGGCUAAAAAGAAGUCUGCUAUUCAUGACAGAUUAGGUAGGUCAUUAAACAAAACUAUUGACUAGCAAUAGAAGGUAGAAGAUAUCAAGAAAAAUGUAGUGAGCAUGACAAGUCCAAUGAAUAAAAGUUUAGAAAGAGAUGAGAGCAUGUCUCUAGUCAACUUAAAUGAAACCAAAUCAAGAAUCUCAAAACUAACCCUCGCUUAAAAUUAUGUUCAUGUAAAGGCAGAGGAUGUAAUCUUUAAAAAUGGCUUAAAAAGUUUCGGUUUUAAAUAGGAUAAAGCUUAUGAGAAGAAUGUUAAAGAUCUGCUUAAUCAGACUGUCAAGGAAUACUAGAUUGCAAAACUAUAGUUGAGUAAAUUAGUUAAUAAUGGCAAUUUUCAUCAAAAUCUCAAUUCAAGAGGGGAAAAUCAUCAUUAGAUACUAUAAGAGAUAGAUCAGUAUUGCAGAUUAAAUACAAGAGGGUACUUCGCACCAUUAAAUCUCAUGUUUACUUAUGAAACUAAGGGAGAUCUUAAAGUUUUUUUAGGUCUUAAAACAAAAGAACCUACGCAAUAGAAUAAUGACGGCAUCUACAAUAAUUUUGCUUAUCAGGAUAUAUAUCUCACAUUCACAUCUUUAUUAGGAGUAAGUUUUAAAGUUUAAGCUCAGUUCUAUGACAUUACUGCAGCUUAGAAUAAAAAAGGAAAUAGAAUCAAUGAUCAAUAAUUAGAUUCUUUCUCUCAUAAAAAGGGCUUUGAAAUGAGAAUAAAGUAUGAGGUUCAGCGAUGUCUUAAUGAUCCAGCCAUCUAUAAAGAUAUGAUCCAAUAAAUGACUGAAUUGCAAUAAUCAAGAAAAUUAAAAUCUGCGGCUCAUUCAAAAAGAUCAAAGAAUAUGAUUAAACUUAAUAAGAAGACUAUGGGUAUUUGGGAUGAAUUCCAAAUGUAAAAGAAUCAGCAUCUAGCUGAGUUAAAAGAUGAAAUGAAGAGAAGAGCGCAAGAGAAGAGGGAGCUAUAGGAAGAAAAUGAAAGAGACUCGCGUGAAUAGUAUAUGAAGAGAUGGGAUGUUUUUAAGGAAAAGAGGGAUGCAUUUUACUAAAGGUACGUAGAACUCAAAGUGAAGAGGAACAGAGUUAAAACUUUAUUGACUCAUAUACAUCUCUAGAGAAUGCUAAAGUAUUUAGCGAAUUAUUACAAUCAUACAAAAGUUGAAGCAGUAAUGAAAGCAGUGAGACACUUUAGAUGCUUUAAGAUCCAGUACUAUCUUAAGCGAUUCUUUAGAAGGAAGGGUACAUUUGAAGGCAGAUAAUAACUACUCAUCAAAAAGUAAUUAAACUUGCUUAAUAUCAUUUAUAGUUCACUAAACUUUCUGGUAGUAACUUAGCAUGAAAAUCUAGAAGAGAGAGCUAAAUGGCAUCUGUUUCAUAGGUUCCUCGAUGAUACCUCUACUAGAUAUGAAUUUAAGGAGAAGAUGAAAUCAUUUAGAGAAGGCAUCAUUUAUAUAUAGAGGUCAAUUAAGAUCAGCAAGAUUAUGAUGAAAACAAAACUCGAUAUUCUUAUUAAGAUGUGGAUGAAGGAAUUAACAGACAUGCAAAUCAAGUGCUUGGCUAUCAGAGAUAAAAAGAAUAGAGAAUUUGUGAAAGACUCAUAGAAUAUUAGAGAAGACAUUAGAGAUGCUAUAUUGAAUAAGUAUCUUGAGUAAUGCAAGCACAAAAAUGCUAUGGCUUAUUUUUAAUGGAGGGACACAUAUUCUAAAAAAUCUGAUGUAAGUUUUAUAAAUGAUUUAAAUACCUAAUAGAGAGAAGAAUUGAAAAUGAUGUUUGACUGCUGUUGGAGAAAAUUCCUUAAUAUUUCAUAAGAUUCUCCAACUACACUAUCUCUAUCAAAGCACUAAUCUGAGAUAUCGCCAAGGAAAAAUACUGGUACAAGCAGUCCAAUUAGAAGAUACGAUGAAGUCUUUGUUGAUGAACCGAAGGGUUGUAUUAUCUUGAAAUUUGAGGAGUUAAAUAUGAGAGAUCCUUUUGCUCAGUUCAAUAAUUCCAGCAAGUCACCAUCGCAGCCUGAGACAACUAAAAAUUAAGGAAACACAUAAAAUGGCAAAUAAUCCAAGUUUUUCCCUUAAGGAAGCAAAGAGCAAGCUUAAUUGCUGCUCAAGCAAUAACAGUCUUCCUAGAAAAGAGAUAAAAGAGUCUAUGAAUUCGAGAGAUAUGUAUACCCUUACUGUAAAAUGCAAUACCAAUUUAUACCGCCAUCUACCAUAUAUUUACCUGAUUCAGAACUCAUCAGGAAAAUGAUAAAGGGAUGUCUUAAAACCAAAUCUCCUCUAGAAGCACUUGCCAAAUUUUGA